AUUUUAGUUGGAAAUAUGCCACUUAUGAUCAAACCAACAAAAGAUUGUAAAACAAUUGUUGUAGCUAAUGAAGCACGAGCUUUUGGAUCUACUAAUUCAUUUCAAAAUCCACUUGGAAGUGUUGGUAUUAUAAGAUUUACUAAUGGUGUUGAAAAUAAUUAUGAAUAUACAGAGCUUAAUUUUACGAAAUUCAACGACAAACAAACAGAUUUAGAAAAGGAAGGAGUAAGAUUUGUUUUCAGAGAAAAUACAUUUGAUCGUGAUAUAGAACCUGAAUCCAUCACUUUCAAUUGUGAUGAAACUAUAGCUUAUGUUGCACUGCAGGAAAACAAUGCUAUUGCUAUUGUGGAUGUGAGAAAAUUAGAAAUAGACGAAAUCAAAGGAUUGGGAUAUAAAACAUGGGAUAAAUAUACAUUGGACACUAGUGACAAAGAUGGAGGUAUUCACAUGAACAACUACGAUUUUAUACGAUCCUUCUACUUACCGGAUCGUAUCAAAUAUCACCAUUGGAAUGAUGAGGGUAUUAUCAUUACGGCUGAUGAAGGGGCAUAUAAAAGCUACUCUAAUAGUUUUAAUGAAAAAAGACGAGGAAAUUGGUUUAAUCCAGGUAAAUCUUUGUCAAAACGUUAUCUUAUAGCGAUUGAAAACUUUUCUUGCAGACUUGGAAGAUUAUUCUUUUCUAAACUUGAUGGACUUGACAAUACAAGAAAAUAUGAAAACUUAUAUUUCUAUGGUGGACGUGGAUUCACAAUUCGCAAAGCUUCUGAUAUGUCCAUAUUGUUCGAUAGUGGUGACACUAUAGAAAGGAAAAUUUCAGAACUAGCUCCAGAAAUAUUUAACAGUAAUUAUAAAGGGGGGCAAUCAAUCAAUCAGCAAAGAGAUACCCAAUCAGACAAUAAGGGUCCUGAAUGUGAAGCAGUGGAAACCGCUGAGAUUGAUGGCAAACUGGUAAUUCUUUUGGGUUGUGAAAGGCCAGGAACAAUAGUUGUAUUCUCGGUUGGGGAUGACUUUAAAGAAACCAAAUUCGAAUAUCUGUACUUCAACAUACCUGAAUAUGAUAAACGUUUGAAACACUUGUAUACCAAACGAAAAAUAUCAGAAAUAAAUCCCGAAAAUUUCAAGUAUGUUGGUUUCGAUAAGAGUCCAAAUGGACAAAAUAUAUUAUUUGUAGUGGGGAAAUCUACAGGUACACUGUCCGCUAUUGAUGUUGACGUCGAAAAGUGGUCAAAAGAAAUGCCAUGA